AUGCUGGUUGUGAUUGUUUUGCUGCUGCUGCUGCUGUGUGAUCAUACUGUAUGCAAGAUACAUACUCUGCAGUGCACCACACCUGAAGAUCCUCUUCCUAUUCCUCAUGAAUUUUCUCAGCCAGGUGACUUUAUCAUUGGAGGGAUUGCAUCACACAUCUUCUUCUUUCAUGAAACACCCUCUUUUAGGGAGCAGCCCACACAGUGGUCGACAGAUAAACCCACAUCAGUUCCAAAAUACUACCAAUAUCUCUUGGCGUUGGCAUUUGCUGUAAAAGAGAUCAACGAGAACUCCAAUCUCUUAACGAACACCUCCUUGGGUUUCCUGGUCCUCAACGGUUAUUACUUUGCAAAGAUGACUUAUAAGGCUGCCUUGAGCCUCCUCUCAACAAAGGAUAAAUUUCUCCCCAAUUUCAAGUGUGAUAACCAAAGCCGUCUCAUAUCCAUCAUUCCAGGAUUUUGCUCUGAAACAACAGCUAAUGUGGUCACCGUAUUAGCAAUAUACAAUGUUCCACAGUUUACUUUUGGGUUAUUCUCCCUAGAGCAGGGUAACAAAGAACUCUUCCCUUACAUAUAUCAGAUGGUCCCAGAUGAAGACUAUGAAUAUAUGGGGGUUGUUCAUUUAUUUCACCAUUUCGGGUGGACAUGGAUUGGACUUGUGGCUAUGGAUGAUGAAAAUGGGGACAGGUUCUUGCAGACAGUGAUUCCUUUGCUUUCACAGAAUGGCAUCUGUUUUGCCUUCACACUGAGAACAAUAAAAAUGACUUAUAAGGAUGAAACGAUACUGUUGCUCUUAAAACUGCAGGAACAAUACCCAGUUCUUGUGGAAAGCAGAGCCAAUGUACUUUUCGUAUAUGGAGAGCCUCCUGCCUUGCAUAUUUUGGGAUUGUUGUUAUAUGCAGCAGAAAUCUCUUUAUCUCGACCUGUGGGUAAAGUGUGGAUUGUCACAUCUCAAUGGAAUUUGGAAUCACUGACUAUUGAAACAACUUGGGAUGUAAAGACCUUCCAUGGUGCCUUGUCUUUCACAGUUCACUCAAGUCAGCCACCUGGUUUUCAACAAUUCCUUCAGAUUGUAAGACCUUCCUGGAUGAAAGGAGAUGGUUUUAUCCAGGAAUUUUGGGAACAGUCAUUUGGUUGUUCAUUGACACCUUCCUAUGAGCAAGAGGACAGCAAGGAACCCUGCACAGGGGAAGAGAAGCUGGACAGCCUGCCUGGGAUUUUCUUUGAAAUGAGCAUGACUGGCAGCAGCUACAAUGUCUACAAUGCCGCUUAUGCUGUGGCACAUGUUUUGCAUGCCAUGUACAUAUCCAGAUCCAAAUUCAAAAGGUUUGAAGUAGGAGAGAGGCAGGAAAUUCACAAUUUGCAACCUUGGCAGUUCCAUCCCUUCCUAAUGGGAAUCUCAUUCAACAACACUGCCAGAGACCUUGUGCGCUUUGAUGAAAACGGGAAACUAAUUACAGGCUUUGAUGUUACCAACUGGGUAACUUUUCCCAACAGCUCUUUUGCUAGAGUAAAAGUGGGAAGACUGGAUCCAUGGGCUCCUGAAGGCCAAGAGUUAACCCUGAAUGAUGAUCAGAUUGAGUGGCACAGAAGCUUUGAUCAGGUGCUGCCAAUUUCUCUAUGCAAUGACAACUGCCACCCUGGCUAUGGCAGAGAGAAGAAGGAAGGAGAACAAUUUUGCUGCUUUGAUUGUGCUCAGUGUCCAGAAGGGAUGAUUUCCAGCCACAAGGAUAUGUAUGCCUGUGUCAAAUGCCCAGAAGAUCGCUAUCCCAACAAGGACCAAAGUCAGUGCAUUCCCAAGAUUCUAAGCCACCUGUCUUACAGAGAACCAUUAGGAAUCGCCUUAGCUAUGUUGGCUGUUUCUUUCUCCCUGAUCACAGCUUUGGUGCUUGGAAUUUUCAUAAAGUACCAGGAGACUCCCAUCAUCAAAGCCAACAACCGGAGCCUGACCUACAUUCUCCUCAUCUCCCUCCUGCUUUGCUUCCUCUGCUCCUUGCUGUUCAUUGGACAACCAGGGAAGGAGACCUGCCUUCUUCAACAAACUACUUUUGCAAUCAUCUUCUCUGUGGCUCUUUCUAGUGUGUUGGCCAAAACAAUCACUGUAGUUCUGGCUUUCAUUGCUACCAAACCAGGAUCCAGGGUAAGGAAAUGGUUGGGGAAAAGAAUAGCAAAUUCUCUAGUCCUUUCCUGUUCCCUUAUUCAAGCAACCAUUUGUAUUCUUUGGCUGUGUACUUCUCCUCCAUUCCCAGCUAGGGACAUGCAUUCAGUGAAUGGGGAAAUCAUACUGGAAUGUAAUGAAGGUUCAGCUGCCAUGUUUUACUUUGUCCUUGCCUAUAUGGGCAUUCUGGCUUUUAUCAGCUUCUCAUUGGCUUUUCUUGCAAGGAAAUUACCUGAUAGCUUCAAUGAAGCCAAGUUUAUCACCUUCAGCAUGUUGGUCUUUUGCAGUGUUUGGGUGUCCUUUGUUCCAACCUAUUUGAGUACAAAAGGGAAAUCCAUGGUGGCUGUGGAGAUCUUCUCCAUCUUAGCCUCCAGUGCUGGUUUACUUGGUUGCAUUUUUGCACCCAAAUGUUACAUCAUUAUUCUGAAGCCUGAGCUGAACAACAAGGAGCACUUAAUAAGGCGAAAUAAUAAAAUAACCUAA